AUGGCGGCCUCCUUCCCCGAAGGCGUGCCGGAGACCGAGGACGGGAAGAGACCGCAGUUCGGGCACCGGUUCCUGAGCGACCCGGCGCGCGUCUUCCAUCACAAUGCCUGGGACAACGUGCAGUGGUCCGAGGAUCAGGCCGCGGCGGCGGAGAGGAAAGUGCAGGAGAACAGCUCCCUGCUGGUGUGCCCGGAGAAGCAAGUUGAUUAUGAAGUCAAUGCCCAUAAAUACUGGGAUGACUUCUACAAAAUCCAUGAAAAUGGGUUUUUCAAGGAUAGACACUGGCUUUUUACUGAGUUCCCUGAGCUGGCACCUAGCCACAAUCACCUGAUGAAUGUGCCCUUGGAGAAGCAGAGGAGUGGCGUCUGUGAGGACGGACCUGGCUUGACAACAGAACAGCACAAGUGUUCUUGUGCCGGCCCUGGAUGUGAGACUCAGGUGCCUCCCGUGGAAGAGCCAGUGACUCAGAAGCUCGGUCACCUAGAGAUUAGUGGUGAGGAAUUUCCCGGCUCCUCUGCCACCUACCGAAUACUUGAGGUUGGUUGUGGUGUAGGAAACACAGUCUUUCCAAUUUUACAAACUAACAAUUCCCCAGAAAAUCCGCUUCUGUAUUGUUGUUUAUUUUUGAGAGGCAGUCUGAAGUACCUCAUGACAAAUUCACAGUAUGAUCCUUCUCGCUGUUUGGCCUUUGUUCAUGAUCUCUGUGAUGAAGAUCAGAGUUACCCAGUGCCCGAGGACAGUCUUGAUGUCAUCGUUCUUAUAUUUGUUCUUUCAGCAAUUGUUCCAGACAAGAUGCAGAAAGCUAUCCGCAAGCUAAGCAGACUCCUGAAGCCUGGAGGGGUAAUGCUUCUUCGAGACUAUGGCCGCUAUGACAUGGCUCAACUUCGGUUUAAGAAAGGUCAAUGUCUAUCUGGAAACUUCUAUGUGAGAGGUGAUGGCACCAGAGUUUACUUCUUCACACAAGAUGAGCUGGAUGCACUCUUCACUGCUGCUGGUCUGGAAAAAGUGCAGAACCUGGUGGAUCGCCGCUUGCAGGUGAAUCGAGGGAAACAGCUGACCAUGUACCGCGUCUGGAUUCAGUGCAAAUACAGCAAGCCUCUAGUGCUUAGCACCAGCCAACAUGUACCCAUUCCCCACUCAACAGAAAGUUCUUCACAUUUGGGGCUUUUGUAAGAAGACAUCUGUAGAGGGCAGCUUGUUGGUGAUGGACAGUCUACGGAUUCAAGGAGCUCAAACUUUGAACCUAAGAACGACUACUUUCUGUUAACAUUAUCAAGUACGGUUUUUACCCAGGUGCAAUGACACAUGCCUUUAAACCCAGCACUCAGGAGGCAGAGGCAGACAGAUCUCUGAGUUUGAUGACAGCCAGUGAUACGCAGAGAAGCCCUGUCUCCAAAACCAAAAAAGUGUGGUUUUAUUUCUGAAGCCCAUUAAUGCAUAUUUUCUAGAGUUCAUUUUAUUAAUAUUAUUGUCGAGGCAGUGCCAUGGUGAAUGUGGGGAGUUCAAAGGACAACUUGCAGGAGUCAGUUCUCUCCUACAAGUUGGUCCUAGAAUUCAGACUUUGGCUUGACACAAAUACCUUGAGCUUUUUGACAGCCCUCAAAUUUUUAUGACUAGAGUUUUAUAUAUAGGAAAACUCAUUGUGACCAAAAAUGACCUUGAAGUUUAGAUCCUCUUGCCAUCAUAUUGCAAGAUGGUGGUGGUCCACACCUUUAAUCCUAGCAUUCAGAAGCCAGAGACAGGCAAUCUCUGAGUUCAGGGCCAGCCU